AUAUGUAUCCUAACAGUAUGUGUUUGUGUGUGUGAGGUGUUUAUCAGUGUAUGGAUCAGCUCUCUGCAGGUGCAACAUUAAAACAAUUUUACACUGGAGUGUUUCCUCUCUCUGAACUCCUGUACACACACACACACACACACACACACACAGAGCUCUAGAGAGGGAGGUGGGGUUGUGUUGAUCAGUGCUGACGCUCUUUUGUUAAAUAUGGAGAAACAAAAAAUACCUCCUCUGAUUUGUCACUGAAAAUGUUUGAUGAUUUCCUCUCCUCUUUCUAAUAAGGUCAUAGUGAGUGUGAUUGGCGGCUGUGGGGUCUCUCUCUCUCUCUCUCUCUCUCUCAGGUUCUUCAGUCUCUCUGGGGGAGUGGAGGUGAAGCUUGUUCUGCUGAACGGAGUGUGUGCAGGUCAGAGGGAGAUGGACAGCUGUGUGCUUCUCAUUCUUCUGUCCUCCACAUUCACACUCUCCACAGCUGAUAGUGUGAGGUUGGUGGAUGGUGGGAGUCGCUGUGCUGGGAGAGUGGAGGUUAAUCGUGAUGGUCAGUGGGGAACAGUGUGUCGGUAUGACUGGGAUAUGAGAGAUGCUGCAGUCGUGUGUAAAGAGCUGGGCUGUGGAGAGGCUCUGAAUAUUAAUCAGUUUGGUCCUGGAUCAGGAUCAAUAUUGAUGGGAUAUGUGUGGUGUAGUGGAUCAGAGUCUUCACUGAAUAGAUGUAAUUUUGAUUCAUAUUAUACUAGACAAUACUGCACUUCUCAUGAUUUAGAUGCUGGAGUCACAUGUUCAGGAGAAAAACCCAGACUUGCUGAUGGUCCUCAUCUGUGCUCUGGGAGACUUGAGGUGAUUCUUAACACUCGCUGGAUCACAGUGUGCAAUGCUGACCAGCAGGAUGCAGAGGUUGUGUGUCGAGAGCUGGGCUGUGGUUCUCCUGUGGAGGUUCUGGGAGCAGCUGCUUUUGGAAGAGGGGAGGGUCAGGUGUGGUCAGAGGAGCUUCAGUGUAGAGGAAACGAAUCUCAGAUUCACUUCUGUCCAAAAUCAUCUUCAUUUAAACAAAACUGCUCCCAUGAUAAUGAUACUGGGAUAAUAUGUUCGGGUUACACUCAGGCUCGGUUGAUGAAUGGCUCAGACUCCUGUUCUGGUCGAGUGGAGCUCCAGUACCUCAGUGAGUGGGGUACAGUGUGUGAUGUAAGCUGGGAUAUGAGAGCUGCCAGUGUCCUCUGUGCUCAGCUGAAGUGUGGGAGUGCUGUGGCUGUGUUGGGGUCAGACUGGUUUGGGGAGGGGAGUGGCCAUAUCUGGGCUGAUGUGUUUGAUUGUCAGGGGAACGAAACACACCUGUCAAAAUGUCCCAUUUCAUCAUGGAGUCGAACUGCAUGCUCUCAUAAACAGGAUCCUGGAGUUAUCUGUAGUGGCACUAACCUAACAUAUCAUGAGGGUGCAGUGAGAUUGUCUGGAGGGAUGGAGUGUGAGGGGGAGGUGGAGGUGUUCUUCAGGCAGGACUGGAGGAGAGUUCUGCUGGACUCCUGGAAUGAGUCUGAGGCCUCUGUGGUCUGCAGACAGCUGGGCUGUGGUUCUGUACUCAACAUCUCCAGUUCCUCUUCAUCCAGUCCUGAACACAGCUACAUGUGUGUGACGGGUUCCAACUGCUCUGAGAGUGAAGCUCAUCUGAGGAACUGCAGCAGCUCACAAGCAGUUAACUGCAGCUCCAGAGAACAGCUCUACAUCACCUGCUCUGGUAAGUUUAACCGAGUCCACAGAUCCAUCAGGCUGGUUGGUUCUGGGGGAGAUUGUGCAGGAAGGCUGGAGGUUUUUCACAGUGGAUCAUGGGGGACAGUGAGUGAUGAAUUGUGGGAUAUUGAGGAUGCGCAGGUGCUCUGCAGACAGCUGCAGUGUGGAGUGGCCCUCAGUGAUCCGGUACCAGCCCGGUUUGGAUCUGGAACUGGAACCAUAUGGCUGAAUGAGGUGGAGUGUGAGGGGAACGAGGCGUCUCUGUGGAACUGCAGAUAUCAGCUGUGUGGAGAGGAUGAAUGUGCACACAAGGAUGAUGUAGGAGUCGUGUGCUCAGAGUAUAAAGAGAUCAGACUGACUGAGGGCUGUGAGGGGAAUCUGGAGGUGUUCUAUAAUGGAACCUGGGGGAAUGUGUGUGUAAACGGGAUGACUGAUGAAACAGCGAGUGUGAUUUGUCGAGAGCUGAACUGUGGAAGAUUUAAAAGUGAAAAAGCUACCAAAGCGAGAGUAGAAUCAGCUCCUAACUGGUUGGAUGAUGUGAAAUGUAGGAAACAUGACUCAACUCUGUGGCACUGUCCAUCUUCUCCCUUGGGAGAGAACUACUGUAAUAACAACAAUGAGGUGGCUCACAUUACCUGCUCAGAUAAGGAGAAUCUCAGUGUGUUAAGAAACCAUCUGAAAUGCUUUUCAACUCCCCGUCAGCAUCAGCGGAAGUGCUCAAAUCACCUGCCUCUCAGACUGAGAGAAGGCGUGGGAAGCUGUUCUGGAUGGCUGGAAGUGUAUUACAAUAAAACACCGGGGUCUGUCUGUGGUGAUCUGUGGGACAUCAGGGAUGCUCAGGUGGUCUGCAGGCAGCUGGGUUGUGGGCCGGCGCUGAGUGCUAAUAGAAGAGCUGCUGUUGGUUCUGGUGGAGGAACUAUCUGGAUGAACAGAGUGAAGUGUAGAGGGAAUGAGAUUCACCUGUGGGACUGUCCUCAUUCCCUGAAGAUCCACACUGACUGCUCCCACACUGCUGGAGUCACCUGUGCAGACAUAACCGUACCUACUACGACUACUGCACCCACACCAACAACCCCCACCCCCACAGUUGUUCAGACAGAGAAGCGACCAGACCCUCCUCCACAAACUCCUCCACCAGCUGUUCCCUCCAUCUAUCCAGUGUCUCUCCUGGUUCUGGGAUCUGUGCUCUUCCUGGCCUUAGUGCUUCUGGUUGUGCUGUUUUAUCAGAACAGAGUGCUCAGGAGAGUGAUCUCUAAGCAGAGGAGGAAGACUCUGCCUGAGGACAUCUAUGAGGAGAUCGACCCCAGAUACGUCACCACCAGAAAUUAUUCUACUCAGCGGAGACGCAUCUUUUCUGAAGGAUAUGAGGAUGUAAGUUUUCACUCGGGAAGUAUCAUCUCUGAAGAUCAGCAUUCAGGAUAUGAGGAUGUGGAUGAGGAUCUUCUCUCAGAAAAGUCUUUGACUGGAGUAAAAGCAGAAUAUUAUGAUGAUGUCAUCACCAGUGAUCAAAUAAGUGUUGCAGAAAAAGAGGAGCUAGCAGAAAACUAUGAUGAUGUCAUCACUGCUGAGCAGAUCACUGAUAGUUUAGCAGAGGAUGCAGCAGAGAAUUAUGAUGAUGUCAUCAGUGGUGAUCAGAAGUCUGAAGCUGAUGUAACAGAAGACGUGUCAGAUAACUAUGAUGAUGCUGUUCCCACUGAACCAAACUCCACCAUUAUGACCAUGAACACACCAGAGGACUAUGAUGAUGUCAUCACUGCUGAACAGGAUGUAGGAGGAGUUAAAGAUUAUGAAGAUGUGGAGGAGGAGCCUCAGACAGAGAUGAAUCAUGUGACUGAGAGACCACACCCACUGUCUUUUCUCAGCAAAUUAAAAUCCAACCUCUUCAGACUCAACAAAUAACUAAUCAUACUACCAAUAUUACCUAUGUUUUGCUUAACACAUCUC